AUGGAGAAGGAAAAGCCCCAGAGAUCCCUCAUGAGGAGCGGCUGCAAACCCAGCCUAGGGAGCUGUGAGGAGGAAAGAGCCCCCCUGACCCAGGAAGGCAGCCAGAGAUCCAGUCAGAGCUCAGAGCUGGUGGAGAACCCUCAGGCUGGAGAGAGGCCACACAAGUGCUUGGAAUGUGGGAAGGGUUUCAGGUACAGCUCCCAUCUGAGGCAGCACCAGGUGAUCCACAGUGGGGAAAAGCCCUACAAGUGUGGUGAAUGUGGGAAGGGCUUCAGCAAGAGCUGCAACCUCAUCAGCCACAGCAAGAUCCACACUGGGGAACGGCCCCACACCUGCCAGGAAUGUGGGAAGAGAUUCGUGCGGAGCUCCGGCCUGAAGGAACACCAGAUGCUGCACUCUGGGGAGAGGCCCUUCGAGUGUCCUCAGUGUGGGAAGAAGUUUCUGAGGCCAUCCCGCCUCCUCCUGCAUCAGCGCAUUCACAGGGAGGAGAGGCCCUUGUGCUGCCCCGACUGUGGGAAGGGCUUCAAGCGCAGCUCCACCCUCCUGAACCGGUGCCUCCGCACUGGGGAGAGGCCCUGGGAGUGCCCCAGGUGUGGGAAGAGCUUGGUGCGCUGCUCCAGCUCCCCUCCCCAUGGAGCAUCCACGUUGGAUGAUCCCCUGUGA